AUUUUGUUCAGAAAUCAAUUGAUUAGUGCAUUAUUAGUAUUUGUAUAUAAAGACUUUUUGACGUUUUUAUAAUUUUAAAACUUUAUAAAACUUUUAGUUUUAACUAUUAGAUUAUAAUAUUGUAAAAGUUUGUGUUAAAAAAACUGAUCAACAAUAUGGUGAAGGCCUGGUAUAUCAAUGAUGAGGAACUGGUCACCGAUGAAAGAGCUAAGAGAAGUGAACGCCAUCUCAAUCCUCCACAAUAUCUCAGUUUAGAUGACUUGAGACAUAGAACUGGUGUUCAAUAUGAACGGGUUAGUGUUGAUAACUACGAAACGGAGGACAGUUUGCAAGAGAUAUGCACUCAGAAGGGAUACUCGUAUUCAGAUGUGCUGGACAUACAUCCCCAGCGACUGGAAAACUAUAGCCAGAAGUUGGAAGCCUUCUAUACAGAGCAUAUGCAUCCCGACGAAGAGGUACGGCUGGUGCUGAAAGGGUCGGCAUAUUUUGAUCUCAGAGAUGUGGACAACAAUUGGAUACGUAUUGGGGUGGAGAAGGGAGAUAUGUUGAUAUUGCCCGGGGGCAGUUAUCAUAGAUUCACAUUGGAUUUGAAUGGAUACAUAAAGUUGUUCCGACUGUUCGGCUCCAAACCCGACUGGUCCUCAUUCAAUAGGCCGGCCGAUAGCCAUCCCGCCCGCAUCGCAUACGUCGAGAAGGCUAUUAUGGGUUUCUAAGAGCAUAACUGUCCACUUGUUUAGUGGUUACUAAUUAUGAAUUUGGUUUUGG